GUCCAGCAGCAGAGAGCAGACUCCCCUGGACCCAGCUGUGUCUCCAUGAAGAGUGACCACUCUAUGGAUAAACCUCCUGAGCUUAAAGAUGGACGUCCCUCCAGAGAGGAGAGACACCAGGAGAGUUCAAAGGUGACCAGUGCUCAGUCUCUACAGCAGCAUCAAACAGAGCUGAUCAAGAGGGCUGAGGAGAACGCGCACGCUUUUCUAGACAAGGAGCUGAAGAAGCUCUGGAAGGUUUACUUCCCAGAUUACCCACAAUGCUCAGAGAGUCAGAGGGAGGAGGAGGAGGUGGAUAGUAAGAAGGAGGAGCUGAGGAGGCGCGCCAUAGAGGGAGUGGUGAACAUCACAAAGCUCUGCUUGAUGGAGGUGAACCAGGAGGAAUUGGCAGACACACUGUGGGCCGGAUCUGAUGCUGUCCAUUGCAUACCAAAAAUCCAGGCUCAUUUGAGGGAGAAGUUUAGGUGUGUGUUUGAGGGAAUCGCUAAAGCAGGACAUUCAACACCUCUGCAUGAGUUCUACACAGAGAUCUUCAUCACACAGAGAGGCAGUGGAGAUGUCAACAAGGAACAUGAGGUCAGACUGAUUGAAACAUCUUCCAGGAAACCAGCCAUGGAGGAAACACCAAUCAGAUGUGAGGACAUCUUUAAACCCUUACCUGGACAAGAUCAACCAAUCAGGACAAUAAUGACAACUGGAGUGGCCGGCAUUGGUAAAACCGUCUUAACACGCAAGUUCACUCUGGACUGGGCUGAAGGCAAAACCAACAAGGACAUACACUUCACAUUUCUCCUCACUUUCAGAGAGCUGAAUUUACUGAGGGGGAAAGAGUUUAGCUUGGUGGAACUUCUUCAUCACUUCUUUAUUGAGACCAAAGUAGCAGGAAUCUGCAGAUUCGACCAGUUCCAAGUUGUCUUUAUCUUGGACGGUCUGGAUGAGUGUCGACUUCCUCUGGACUUCCAGAACAACCCGAUCUGGACUGAUGUCACAAAGUCCACCUCGGUGGACGUGCUGCUGACAAACCUCAUCAGGGGCGUCCUGCUUCACUCCGCUCGCAUCUGGAUAACCACACGCCCUGCGGCAGCCAAUCAGAUCCCUGAUGAGUGUGUUGACAUGGUGACAGAGGUGAGAGGGUUCACCGACCCACAGAAGGAGGAGUACUUCAGGAAGAAAUUCAAAGAGGAGAUGCUGGCCAGCACAAUCAUCUCCCAAGUCGAGAACUCACGAAGCCUCCACAUCAUGUGUCACAUCCCAGUUUUCUGUUGGAUCACUGCUACAGUUAUGGCGGACAUCUUCAAAACAUUCAAGUGGGGAGACGAGAUGCCCAAGACGUUGACUGAGAUGUACUGUCACUUCCUGAGGGUUCAGACCAUACAGGGGGACAGGAAGUACAAUGGCAGAUCUGAAACAGAUCCAGACUGGAGUUCAGAGAGCAGGGAGAUCAUUGUUUCUCUGGGAAAACUGGCUUUUAACCAGCUGGAGAAAGGCAACCUGAUCUUCUACGAGGCAGACCUGGUAGAGUGUGACAUUGAUAUCAGAGCAGCCUCAGUGUACUCAGGAGUGUUCACCCAGAUCUUUAAAGAGGAGUUUGGGCUGUAUCAGGACAAGGUGUUCUGCUUUGUCCAUCUGAGCAUGCAGGAGUUUAUGGCUGCCCUGUAUGUCUUCUGGUCCUUUAUCAACACUGGGGUCAAUCUGCUCACAGAAGAACCGCCAACCUCCGGUGAAGAUAAACUCAUCCUCUUCUACCAGAGUGCUGUGGACAAGGCCUUACAGAAUGAGAACGGACACCUAGACUUGUUCCUCCGCUUCCUCCUGGGCCUCUCUCUGGAGACCAAUCAGAUUGUCCUACGAAGUCUGCUGGGACAGGCAGGGAGUAAAUCACUGAUCGUUCCGAUUAAACAAGAUCUGCUAGAACAGACAGGAAGGGGCUCACAAACCAAGGAGAAAACAGUGUCUUACAUCAAGGAGAAAAUUGCUGGAGAUCUCUCUCAAGAAAGAAGCAUCAAUCUAUUCCGCUGUCUGAAUGAGCUGAACGACCGUUCUCUUGUGAAGGAGAUCCAACAGUACCUGACAUCAAAAAGACUCCCCCGUAAAUCUCUCUCUCCUGCUCAUUGGUCAGCUAUGGCCUUCAUCUUACUGACAUCAGAAGAGGAGCUGGAUGUGUUUGACCUGAAAAAAUGCUUCCGAGGAGGGUCUUCUGAGGCUACUGCCAGUGUUCAAAGCCUCCAAAACGUAUCUGUAAGUUCACUAAUAAAAUGUAAUGCAAUACACACAACACUAUAUACAUCAUACUAGAGUAUGUAAGUUAUU